AUGGCUACCCCCAGUGUCCUUACCUUUGAUGAUGAGGGUCGUGCAGUUGACUUUGAGGUCUGGGUCGAUGACCUCCAGCUACUCCUACAGUGCGAUAGGGCUGACGGACUCUUGCUAUUCGAUCUCACCUCUGGUGCCUCUCCUGCCCCGCCUGCUACUGCCAACAGCACUUCGCUGACCUCAUUACGCACCUCCGCACUAGUGACACUCGCUACCGCGCUGCGCUUCCUGCUGACUUCUGCACCAAGAACCCUCCCCCCCCCCAUGUACAUCACCCUCUACUACAUAGUCACCCGGCUCCCUGACUCCCUUCGCGUAGUCAGGGACCACUUCCUCUCAGAUUGCCCUACCACACUCACCGUUGACCUCCUCGAGGAGCGCCUCCUAGCAGCAGAGAAGAGCAUAGUCGCUGUAGGAGCCUCUCAUCGUGACCCUCGCACCCCCGUCUUUGAGGGGUGUUCCUCUUCCCCCCUCUUGCCCUCUGUUGCUUCUGCUACGACGGCCGGCCUUGUUGGUUUUGAGUCGGUCGGCGCGGCGUCUGCCUCUAGCGGGAGACGCCGCACCGGCAAGGGCAAGGGGGGCAAGGGCGCUGGAGGGACUGGCGGGGGCGGAGGUGGUGGUAGCAGUGGAGGCGGAGGAGGGGGUGGGGGUGGUGGUGGGAGUGGUGGAGGGGGUGGAGGUGUCGGUGGCAGCAGUGGAGGUGGAGGAGGCGGCGGCGGUGGCGGAGGGAGCGGAGGCGGCGGAGGUGGCGGAGGCGGCGGAGGUGGCAGAGGCGGCGGCGGCAGCGAUGGAGCUGGUCGCGGCUCUACGCAGAGGAGUGGGUCCGGUGGUGGUCCGCGCCAGCAGCAGCAGCGCAGUCGUGAGACCCUCUCCCCUCAGCAGCUACGUGAGUGGAACGCUGCGCGUCAGCGCGGUGGGGGUACUGGUCCCUGUACCUACGUCCUUUGUACCAGCGACCGCGCUGGUUAG